UGGUUAAUAUUACUGUUUGAUUGUUUAGUUAUUUAAUUAAACUAUAGCUAAUUGUUUACUAAUAGUUCAUGUGUAAAUUAGUUAGUUAGUUAGAAAGUGGUUAGCACAAUAAAGUAGUUAGUUAGUUACAAUAAAGUAGUUAGUUAGUUACAAUUUUCAGCUGCAUAUAAAUACUAGUGUAAAUGUAUUCUGAUAUGAUUUUGAUCAAUAAGAAUUUUUCUUAAUUAUUUCACGUUCAUUGUGUUAGUUCGAAUAUGGUAUCAGAGCUUUGAAUCGAGAUUCGAUUCAACUGCAAAAAUUAGAUUUCCGCCAUUGUAGAUCCUUUGUAGAAGCAGAGGAAGAAGUUCUGCCAUUGUAGAUCCUUUGUGGAAGCAGAGGAAAAAGAAUGACUACUGGAGAAUCGGGAUCGAUUGGAGAUGCAUCUGCAAGAAAUAAUGUUGAAACAUUAGAAACGAUUGAGAAGAAGAGGAAUCAUCCUCUUUAUCUACAUCCGUCUGAUACUCCUGGAUGUGUGUUAACUACAGUACAACUCACAGGCAUGGAGAAUUAUUCGUUAUGGAGUUGAUCUAUGUUAAUCAAUCUUCGAGCAAAGAGUAAAGUUUGUUUUGUGUUGGGAACAUGUAAAAAGAGUGACUAUAAGAUGGAAUUGGAAGAACAGUGGGAGAAGUGUAGCUGCUUUGUGUUAGCUUGGAUCAUGAAUACAGUAUCUAAGGAAUUACUAAGUGGAAUUGUAUAUGCUAAUGAUGCAGCUACAGUAUGGAGUGAUCUCAAGGAGAGAUUUGACAAAGUUAAUGGAUCGAGGAUUUACCAACUACAUAGAGAGAUCUGUACAAUACAUCAAGGUAAUUUGACUGUUUCUGGUUAUUUUACAAAAUUGAGGCUAUUAUGGGAUGAAUUUGAUGCUUUUGUGCCUCCACCUUCAUGUAAUUGUGAUAAGUCAAGGAUUUACGUGGAUCAACAAGCCUAUCUAAGGUUGUUUGCAUUUUUGAUGGGGUUGAAUGAUGUGUUUGGUCAAGCUCGUAGUCAAAUAUUUAUUAUGAACCCAUUGCCAAAUGUUAGUAAGGCCUAUGCUAUGAUAGUGGCAGAUGAAAGUCAAAGGAUGACUGCAAGUACACAAUCAAGGAGGGAAAUGAUGGAGCCUACUGCACUUUAUGCAGGAAGAGGAAAUUUCCAGAGGAGUAAUGAUACAGGAAGAGGAAACAUGCAGAGAAACAACAUCAGAUCUUCAGAGUUGAAGAAAAAAAAUUGGGAUCAAAUCUGUGAUUAUUGCAAGCUGCAGGGUCAUGUUAAACUUGAUUGUUUCAAGUUGAAUGGCUAUCCACCUGACUGGAAGUUUAAGAAGAAACCUGAAAAUUUUAAUUCAGGUUAUGAUCAAAAUGGCACAGGACAAACACAAGGUAUGAAGGCAAAUCAAGUGAGAGUUGAUCAAGGAAUAAUACAAGAUGAUUUUGCACCAAUCUGCAGAAAAGAAGAAGGUCAAGGAGUGAGAUCACAAGAGGUUUCAGCACUGGCAUCUCAACCUACUUUCACUCAAGGACAAUAUCAGAAAAUUCUACAUAUGCUUGAUAAAGAAGAAGUGGGAACUUCAGGAACCAAUAUAGCAGAAAAUAUGGCAGGACCUCUCCAAUGGAAAGGUGAAGGGGAUUGGUAAGGAAGUGGAUGGACUAUACUAUCUCUCUAGUCAAAAACUACAUGGAGAAGAGAAGAAUAAUGAGAUGAUUAUGAUGACACACAACAAUGAGAAUUUGAACAAUAC